GUGGCAGGGGUGGCACCUGGCCACCCCUUGGCUCCGCCUCUGCUGGCUAACGGGCAUUUGGUUUGUUCCAUACACUACGCAAAUGUCAGCAUGUGAGAGCCAGUUAACGAGGUGUUUUAACGCAACAAUGUAACAAACAGAAAUAAACGCUCUAUCACAAACCAUAACUUUUAUUUUGAAGCACGCACACGGACCCUGGGAGACGCAGCUGCAGACUUUGCGGAGCCAUCGACAUCUGUUCGGUGCCUCUGUCCUAUGAGGCCGCCGCAGUGAACUGACUACAGCGCGGGUCCCAUGUCAUCGCUGGACUUGAUGAAAAAAGAGUGUUUCGCAUCUGGGACCUUGUCCUCGGCUUCUCUCAAAAGAAGAUUCAUCAAGAAGAGGAGGGUCGCUCCGUGGGCGCAACAGGAUGCGGACCCCGACCGGCAGCUGUGCAGGUGUUCCAUCUUUUCACUGUCUGUCAGUAGUCGCGCUGUCCGGCGGAUUCUGACAGCCUGUCUCCUCUCUUUCCUGGCUCUCCUUGGCUCUGUAUCCAUCGACCUAAGCUCCAACUUUGAACUGCUGCACACUACAGAAGCAGCUUACGAUGAGCUGACUUCCUGCAGAGCGGUGGCUAUCCAGCAACUCGUCGCUACACUUCAGGAGAUGAGGCGUUUAUCUGCCAAAGACACAGGCAACAAGAUGCUGGAGGCAAGUCUUUCAGAGGGUGCGUUUCCUGUGUUCAGUCAUCUCUGUGGUGAAAUGGUGGGUCGCAGUAACAGCCAUGGGCCCCCUUGUAGUGUUGAGUUGGCCGGAUUUUGCCAGGAGAUGAAGAGGAGCAUUCAAAGAUUUCUGAAUGCUUCAUUAGAUACAAAUGGCACCCGUGCAAACGGUGCUUCUGCCUUCUCCUUUGUCAUUGGAAGACUUCUCGACAGCUGGGGCACAGUAGAAGACACUGUAGUCAAAGUCAAACAGAACUUUAACUGGAGAGCUGUGCUGUCUGCCAGACUUCUGAUAACAUUCACAGAGCUCAACCACCAGUUGAUGGACGUCCCCCACAUGGCAGCUCACACUGACUUCCAGUACAAGUGGACUUACAUACUAACUUAUCUGGGCUUCGCCAGGGUUAUGACCGAACAGCUGAAUGACUGCUGGUUAGAGAACAUAGACCUGAAGUUAAACCUCAGCCGGCGAGCACCAGACACGAGUCUGUGGCAGAUCUCUGGAGCAGCAACAGAGCUUCUGUCUGGGUCUCACGAGGCAAUUCAAGCUCUGACCAAAACUCAGCAGUGCUUGUUUGAUCGUGCCGUGCCCGCUCUCAGGUUGGCGUUUCGAUCGGUGUCCUCUGGCCUCAGUAUGAGGAUCUGCCUGCUGGCCAUGGCCUGCCUCAUCUACCCGGUGGUGAUGUUCUCUUUCCAACAGAUGACAGAGUGGAUACAGAACUACGCACAGACCUUGAAGGAGAAGACCCAGGACCUGAAACGCCAAAGGCAGCUGGCUGAAGAUCUGCUGCACCAAAUGCUGCCCAAGUCAGUGGCCAAGCAGCUUCGCCAGCAUAAACAUGUGGAGGCUGAGAGCUAUGAAAAGGUGACCAUUUUCUUCUCAGACAUUGUGGGCUUCACAGCCAUUUCUGCAUCCUGUACUCCUCUGCAAGUGGUGGAGAUGCUCAACAACCUCUACAUGUGUUUUGACACACGCAUCGACUCCUAUGACGUCUACAAGGUGGAGACGAUUGGGGACGCGUACAUGGUGGUGAGCGGUCUGCCGGAGAGGAACGGGGACCGACACGCUGAUGAGAUCGCUAAGAUGGCUCUGGACCUGGUGGCAGCCGUCAGACAAGUGUCCAUCCCUCACAUGCCCAACCAGAGGCUGCAGCUCCGAGCUGGCAUCCACACAGGUCCAUGUGUGGCGGGAAUAGUGGGCUACAAGAUGCCAAGGUACUGUCUGUUUGGAGACACUGUCAACACAGCAUCUCGAAUGGAAUCCACAGGAUUGCGUGAGUGUUUCAUAUAG